AUGCCCUAUUCCAAAUGAUGGAAGAACAGUCUUCACAUAAAAAGGAUACAAUUUUAGAACCAGCCCAAUCAACUCCGGGAAAUCAGGCUGAAGUAGAAGUAUUCUAUGCAAUAAUUGAGGAUUAUUUUACUGAAGAAAUUGUUGAGAAAAAUGAAAUUUCAUGGACAACAGUAGAGGAAAUUUGGGAUGACAUGUGGAACAAUAGGUGGGAUGAAGAGGAGUUUAAUUGA